AUGAUGAACGAUCCCGAUUCCGAGAUGGGGUCUCGCAAAGGGCAUCCCGGAUUUAUCAUCCUCCGCAACCCUGCAACUCAAACAUGGGGCUAUAGGCUCGCUGCUGACCCAACGCUGCCUCAGGGCCUGACGCUUCAGGAUUUGGCCUACCACGACGACCAAUCUCCCCAGAAGCUGCUCGCUGGCCACGCGAGCAGAUCACGAAAGGUGCGACAGAAUGGCGACCGGCCCUGGCGCCUCCUCCAUGACAGUUGGACCAAUUUCGCCAACAUGCUCUUCGUCGAGUAUCACUUCCUCAACUUCUCGGCCUCCAAAUCGAUCGGACUGUCGACCACCAACGACUCUAGCCUCUGGCCUGACGACCUACUUGAAGGAGGUGUCGAUUUCCUCCGAUUCUUGGAGGGCUUCCUUAAAGACCUUUUCCCACACCUCAGCCGAAACCCUAUCCACUUUGUUGGCGAGUCUUUCGGUGGUAAGUAUGUCCCAGUAUAUGCCGCCAUGUCAAGACGCCGGGCAGCAUCUGUCAUUCUGGUGGACCCCCUGAUCGACCUUGCCUACAGCUCCCUUGGGCUAUACGAGCACUUUUGCCCCACCGAUGCCGACGAGGCCUUCCUCGUAAAACGGGAUGCUCCCGGAAACUUCAACAAGACUGUGUGCGAGGACAUCGAGCGUCAGUCACCCGCGUGCGAGAAGGAUGGGCAGGCGUGCCGAGAUACGUACGACGGGUCUCAUUGCGACAGGGCCGUGGAAAGUUGCACGGCCUUGUUCGAGUAUUUCGAGCGGGAGGUGGUCCCGGGCGGGCGUCAUCCUUACGAUGACAGAUUACGCUGCACGGAGCCGCCGCUUUGUGGAAAUAUGGGCAUGGAUGAGGUGGAAACCUACCUGAAUCUUCCCCGUGUCCAGACGGCUUUGGGAUUCAAGGAGCCGGUCAACAACACCGAAGGUCUCAUACGGGCCCUGAACAACCUUCAGUGGAGCCAUCAAGCCGGUUUCCGAGCUCAGAGCCUCCGGGAGUAUCGGUAUGAGGCAAAGGGUGGCCAAAAGGUUCGAGGAGGCGAUUUCAAGACAAGAGGAAACCUCACCUUGAUUGAUCCGUCCGGGAUAUUUGACGUCUCGGUCUGGCUCGGUGCCUUUGUGCGCCGCGUCAUUGAAAGACGUCCCGGCGUCGCCGACCUUGACUGCGGUGAUCGUCGCCUUCUCUUCCUACCAGUGCAGACUUGUUCAGUCAGAUCUGCUCCGAAAUUGGACAGCGUGCUCGAUGCUGCGCUCUGCCUCUGCUUGAGCAAGGCAUCCUUUGCAAUACUCCUACGGGUGUUCAGGACUAAGAUAUACAUCAAGCCUGGGUGA